CGGCCUCUCCCGGCAGGCAGCGGGCUCCGAGUCGCUCGGGUGUCGCCUAGAAGGGUAUGGCGGCGACGGGCGACCCCGGUGCCGCGGAGCCCGGCCCGACCCGGCCUCUGAAGGCUUGUCUGUUGCGCCGCAACCACGCCCGCGAGCAGCACGGCGUGGCGGCGUCUUCCCUGGAAGAGCUGCGGAGCAAGGCUUGUGACAUUCUGGCCAUUGACAAGUCCCUGACACCGGUCACCCUGGUCCUGGCGGAGGACGGCACCAUAGUGGAUGAUGAGGAUUACUUCCUGUGUCUCCCUUCCAAUACUAAGUUUGUGGCCUUGGCCAGUAAUGAGAAGUGGACGUACAGCAAUUCAGACGGAGGCACAGCUUGGCUUUCCCAGGAGUCCUUCGAAGUAGACGAAACAGACAGCGGGGCAGGGGUGAAGUGGAAGAACGUGGCCAGACCGCUGAAGGGAGAUCUGUCCAGCAUCCUCCUGCUGUCAGAGGAGGAACUCCAGGUGCUCAGCGAUGCGCCCUGUGAGGACCUGGCUCAGGAGCUCGGCCAGAGCUGCGCCGCCGCCCAGCGGCUCCAGGACACGCUGCAGCGGGUGCUUGACGAGCGGGAGGAGGCCCGGCAGUCCAGGCAGCUCCUGCAGCUGUACCUCCGCGCGCUGGACAGGGAGGGCAGCGUCCUGUCAAGGCAGGAAGAGUCCAGAGCUGCCCUCGGGGAAGAGGUGGACGCCGUGGGCACGGGCAUCCGCGGAGAGCGCGCCUCCCAGAUCACACUUCCCAGCCAGAUCCUCUCGGUGCUGCGGGAGAAGCCGGCUCCCGAGCUGAGCUUGUCCGCCCGGGAUUUGGAGUUGGUGGCCGAGGAGGACCCCCGAGCACUGGCCGCUGCUUUGAACUGGGAUGUACAGAAGACGGUGGAGGCUCAGCAGGCCUGCGCCCACGAGCUCGCCCGGCGCCUGCAGCAGGCCCAGAGCUUGCGUUCGCUCAGGACUCUUUCAGCCAGGAAGAGCUCCCCGCCUGGAGACCCGCAGGGCGCCAAGCGGGCCAGACGGACCCACCAGGCCGUGCAGCCGGAAGGUGCAGAGAAGGACCCAUGAGCUGGUUUCUGCUGCCGCUGAACACGCUCAGCCCCGUAUUUUCCUCCCCACGGUCUGUUCUGCCUCCAGCCUGUUCUCUUCUAUUUCCUAUGAGCUAGUGCAACUUGAAGAUACUGCAAAGAACAAAAAGCGUUUUCUUCUUUUCUUUUGACAUUUGACACACAGGAGAAUUUUUUUAUUUUGCAGUGCUGGGGGUGAAACCCGAGCACAUAAGAGAAUUUUAGGUGACUGCUGAAUAAAUAAAUGAACGACUUCAUCAAA